AUCUAUGAAUCAAGUUAGUUUUUCCUUUCCUCUCCAAAACAGAAAAGCAUAAUCUCUGAAAAUUUCUCUCAUCUUCAUCAUCAUCAAUCUUUGAUUCAUUCAUUCAUUCAUUCCAGAUCGAUAAGAUAAUCGAUCGAUGAAAGGGAGACAUGUCAUCCUACAGAAACCACUCUUCCUGUGUCUCCUUCUGGCAGGUUUAAUCGGAGGAAUAUUACUCCUCUCCGUCACUCGCACCAUGCCAGACAGACCAACCUUAACCAGUUUCCGCACCCCAAAAUCAUCAUCCAACACACAAUCACUCUCUCCUGAUCUCCAUCUCAAAGCCCUCCUUCACUACGCCACCUCCGCCGUCGUCCCACAGCAAUCCUUCGCCGAGAUCGGAAUCUCCUUCGACGUCCUCCAAAAACGAUCUCCCUGUAAUUUCCUUGUUUUUGGGUUAGGCCAUGAUUCUCUAAUGUGGUCCGCUUUCAAUGCCGGAGGUAACACUGUCUUCCUCGAAGAAGAUCCUCAAUGGGUCAAAACUGUCCUCCAAAAAGCCCCCGAUCUCCGCGCCCAUACCGUCAGAUACCGAACGAAGCUAUCGCAGGCGGAUGAGUUAUAUUCAUGGUACAAAACAGAACCGGAAUGUUCACCGGAAAAGUCAGAAUUGAGAGGGAAUAACAAGUGUAAGUUAGCACUUACGGGUUUACCAGAUGAGAUCUAUGAUACGGAAUGGGAUCUGAUAAUGAUUGAUGCUCCGAGAGGGUAUUUUGCGGAGGCGCCGGGGAGGAUGGGAGCUAUUUAUUCGGCGGCGGUGAUGGCGAGGAAUCGGAAAGGACCGGGGAUUACUGAUGUUUUUCUUCAUGAUGUUGAGAGGAAGGUGGAGAAGAUGUAUGCGGAAGAGUUCUUGUGUAAGAAGUAUUUGGUGAAUGCGACUGGAAGGCUUUGGCAUUUUGCGAUACCGCCGGCGAAUAAUACCACCGGCGGUGGAAAAAGCUCGUCGUUUUGCUGAGUUUGAUAUAUUCUAUUUUGAAAUUCUUGUUUUUAUUAUUCUUAUUUGUUAUUUCUUCCUCUUAUAAUAAAAAAAACAAUGAUAUUUAGUUU